AUGAACUCGGAAAGCUGUAGCCCUGCCGGUAGUCGAGUAUCCCUUCGAGGUGUUGAACGGAUGGUCUCCGCAAUUAAUGGAGUAUCAACCAAGAUUGCACACUCGAUGCUCGUUCGGUGUGACACAAUGACAUUGCUUCGGUUCCUGCCCACUGCAGUCCUCAAUACCUUUAACAUGCAUCCUCGGAUGCGAGCACUUCAACUUCAAGACCGGAUAUUUUCAGCGGAGAUCCAAGCUCCACUAACGCCGGACAACCUCACCACUUUGCUUCGAGUGAGAAUGCUGUCACCAGUAGACUACGGAGACGGUACUCCAACGAGUUGGCAGGCGUUUGUGGAGAAGGAGUGUAGUGUUGGCUUCGAUCGCCACAGCCAGCUCCCGUUCUAUCUGUCGGUGUGGGUGGCCAAACGCAAGGGCACUGCUCGCCUCAUGCUCUUCUCGGACCAGUACAUGUCCGACGAAUUUUCGGGUGUUGUGGUUCUCAACUGCAUUCUUGAACAGGUAUCGAUGCUUGCUAGACAAACCACAGCGGAGCACCAAACACCAAGCAUAUUGCCUGUGAAGGAGUUUCCAUUACGUCCGUCACUCUAUCGGAUGUGGCUCAAGAAACUUACAUGGGCCAAGCCUCUUCUAAAGGGAACCAAUGCCCUUUUUGGCCGACGCAUGUUUCGUGGGAAUGUGCACAGGUUCACAUCACUACUGCCUGCUCGGGAAGAUCAGAAAGAUUUCGCAGUGCCUCCAGUCACAAACAGUACCAGUGCUUUGUUUGCCGAAGGAGAAGCCAAGUGCAUGCAUGAAGCUUUAGCUCGAUGCAAAAAAGAGGGUGUGGCUCUCAACGGUGUUGUAGUUGUCGUCAUGCUACUCGCGUUCUAUCGCAUGCGUGGUUACAAGGAGCAACGCGGACGCUUUAACCCUUUCCGGAUCACGUUAGAUAUCGACUGCAACAUGCGUCAGCACGUGCAAUCCCCUGCUGACGAAGACCAGGUUGGAUUGUUCACCGCUACUACCAACCUCGACUGGCUCACUUUAGAAGGUGUCGACAUGCUGACCACGUGCUUUUGGGACUUGUGCGGUCGUGCAACUCGGGAGAUUGAUGCUAACCUUAAGAACACCAUGGCAAUGGCACUACCUACGAUCACAGCUGAUCAGAAACUAAAUGCACGGAUGGAAGCCUCUUUUCUCAAGAACAUCAGUGUUCCUUCUUCUAUCAUUUCAGAUGUUGGAGUUGCUGAAGUGAUGCAAUACCCGUUUGAAAAGCACCAUUCACUCACACCUUCAUCUGAUACAGCAAGUCAACGACACAGUGUCUUAUCGUACAAGAAAAAUUGUCAAGCAGUGGUGACAUCUGAAAGAGCAGGACGUUUGACAAGAUCAUGGUGUCUCGACAGCACGAGUUCAACUCGACACCAUCUACUCUCAAUCGAAAGUUUGCACGUGUUCAAGACCCUACCUCAUCUUGCGCCGUCAGUUACAAUUUUUCUAUCGUCGGUCAAUGCAUUUGCCUAUUCCAUGGCGCACAAAGUUGACGCUAAGGUGGGACAGAAUUUGUUUACAGCUUUCGUAUUAAUCUGCGAAAGUUUGAGCGAGAUUCAAAGUGAUGAACAUUUAAUGGAUGUUCUUGCUCGCUUGGAUGAAGGCGACAAAGAGCUACUAUAA